AUGUCUCUCCUCAGACUCACUCUCACACGGCCACCCGCGCCGGCGACUCACCUCCUCCCCGCCCUGCGGUCAUGUCCGCUCCGCCCGCAGCUCCUCCGAAAAUCUCUGCCGCCGCAUAGUCUAAGACGGCCCUUCGCCUCCUCCGCGCCGCCGCCCAGAAGCCACCACGGGUCCGGGACCGCCGCGACCACUCCUACCGCUUCAAAACCGGCGACGGCCAGCUCCGGAACUACCGCACAACUGCUUCCUGAGAGACUGCUCGUCUACCAGGCCGGCACGGGCAGGAUAGGAUUCGUGGCCGGUCUCAAGAUCACCACCAUCUUCGUGGCCGCCGUCUUCGCUCUCGUCUGGGAGCCCGCUAUGCUGCGCAGUGACGACGUGUCCGUAGCUCAGAUCACCGCGGCAUGCAAGUCUCCCCAUUCCUUCCCUCCCGCCCAUCACAUCGGCUUUCUCCCUCGCCCCACCUGCGCCCUCAUCCCCUUCGCCUACGUAGCCUACUUCUCCGCGCCCUUCGUCACCCACGUCUUCCUCCGCCUGCCCCCCGCCGCCCGCUCCUCCCGCGCCCUCCUCGAGCGCUACGUCCGCGCCCUCCCGGCCACCGCCCAGCUCGAGGUCGGCACGCUGGGCCUCGCCGGCCGCCCGCGCGCCACGCUCGUCAGCGCAGCCGACCUCCGCCCCGUCCCCGCGGACGCCGGCUUCCGCGAGACCCGCGCGCGCCUCGUCACCCACACCCGCGACGUCGCGGACCUCAUGGCGCGCAAGAAGUGGUACCACUACCGCCCCGUCAGCCUGUUCGGGCUGCCCGCGAAGGAGGCCGGGAGAGCCAGCAAGUCGUCGGGCUACAGGAACGCCGCCAAGGACGCGUGGGUGUACGACAUCAUACGCCCGAUGUUGGGUCAGCGCAGGUGA